CUGCGACCAGCGAAGGCGAGCACGAGAGUGAUAGCUUCAAUGUAUAAAUCAUGAAGGAAGCAAAGCGGCCCAGCUCUGAACGCUGGAUGAAGAGGCAAAUGUCCCUGUGGCUGAAGUGAAGCAGCGGCAACAGUUCAGGCAGGCAAAAUGGGAGAGUGGCAGAGGAUCUUUGUUCAAAAUCUGACCGUCCCUCCGCACAACCAGAGGUGUCGCCACCCACCGCCCCGAGAUUCAAAGGCGUUCCAGUGCGUCCUGAAGCAAGUGGAGGGAAACAUAAUGAAGAAGCGAGCACUGGACGACACAUCCACUGUCGAAUUCCAGCUGCGCCUUUCCUUCUUCGAUGUCGCCUACCACCAUUUUUUUGGAAAGACCUGGAGGAGUGCUACGAGGCCCCUUAAAGUUGUACCAGGACAGCCCCCGACGGUGGUCUUCAACGAGACUGUUUAUUUUCACACCUCUUUGGAUCAUCCCAGCAUCAUCCUUGUCAUAGAAGUUGUGGCUUCAACCAGGAGACCGGAUGGGACCCACCAGGAUUUGUCGUGUGGCUUUGGAAUCCUGCGUUUAUUUACCAGCAAAUCUGAGCCAACCAAUCUGGGCUUGAAGGACAAAGGGCUCAGUCUGUAUCAUGGGACUCCCCGAGCACUCUUGCACCCACUGUUCCAGGAGCCAGUAGAGAAGAACACGUACCUGACUGCGAUGGACAACAGCCGCCUUCAGUGUGCCUUGCAGCCACACCCAUUCCUGGAAACAGUCUAUCACCUCCUUCCGGAGAACACCUUAGUAUCCAGCCUGCAGAGAAUCCCUGGAGUGUUAACAUCUCAGGAAGAAGACUUCUUCCAGAAACCACGACUCAUGAAGACAGUCACGUGGUACUUGGAGAAGCUAUCCAUCCACUUGUACCCUUCGUUGGAGAAAUUUGAGGAGGAAAUGUUGGAUUUACUCAUGAGUGAUCAGAAUAGCAUGAUGCUGCAUGGGAACAUGCUGACUGUGCAGGAGCGACGGCUGCAUAUUGGGGUGCACAAUGGCUUUUGCUUCGUGCAGCCCCCGCAGGUGGUAGUGGUGGUACCAGAGGCCGAGAUGGUUCGGGGACGUUUUGGGAGCUUGCACCGGAAACCAGGGGCCAGCGUCAAACCUAGUGCUGAAGGACAAGCUCUCGUCCUGCGAAGUCGCAUCCAUUUGACAGAGAUGGUCCGUCACCCGGCAUUUGGAGUCAUCUUCCAGCUGGAGUACGUCUUCUCGGUGUCAAGAGGAGUGGAUGGGAAGACAUCAUCCGCUGCCUCUCUGACGACACCAGCGUACAUGCAUUCGAUCCGCUGGGCGGUUUGGAACCCCUCGCUGGACGUGAGCCCCUCUGAAGUGAUCCUUCCGUUGCAAGGGGGAGCCCACCAUAAUCCCAGCCACGUUUUGGUUUACAAGGCGCCACCGGCUUCCAUGAGCUCUGAAGAGGUGAAGCAAGUCGAGUCUGGAACUAUCCAGUUCCACUUUUCCACUGGCUUCGAUGAAGGACUCAGAACUGUUACAAAACCCUUGAGCAACGCAGAGGCAGAGCCGCCUCUCUCAAAGAAUCCUCCUACAUCGUCCCCCAGGUCUCCGCCUUCUCCUCAGAUGUCAUCAUCCACUCAAGAUUAUUCCCGAGGCCCUGGGCUGUCAAUCUCCCAGCUCUCAGUGUCUCCAGAGAACCGUAUCUCCAAACCUCCGCUGCCACCCUCUAGCAGAGCUGUGCUCUCCCAUUCCUCUGAGGCUCAGGGACGGGCACACGAGCGGAGUAGCCCAUUGGGGGGCAUCAGCCAUUUGGAGUAUGACCUCAGCUAUAGCUCACCAGUUCAGGAAUCCGCAGCCAAUGACCAGCUCCAGGAGUUGCCAUUUACACCGGUUCACAUGCCCAUUAUGGCUCUUGGGGCACACUCAGGAAGCUCUAGCACUACCCUUACACGAGCUUCCCUCGCCCGCCUGCGAGCAUCUGGGUUUCCUGAGAUCAUGGACUGCAACAAGGAGCCCGCCCAAGUCGUGGAUCCUAUGGACUUUGUGGAUUUCAACCCACAGAGGGAAGAAGCUGACAUGUUGCAAAGCAACGAAAUCAUCUUUCAGUUUCUUGCAUUCACAAGGACCAGUCAAGACGGCACAACCUCAGGGACAUGGUCAAAAACCAUCUAUUUCACCUUCCAGUUUUACCGGUUCCCUCCAGUCACAACGCCGCGACUGCAGCUGCUCAAAGCAGAUGAUGCCUCUGUGACUACUCCUUCGGGUUCUUCUUCUCAUAUCUUGGUGCAAAUUAACCAAGAUGGGACUCUGAACCUUGGUUCCCCAGGUUUGCAGCUGAAAUACUUGGUGGAUCCUAGUUCUCUAAAGCCAGGAGAGCAACGGUGGUUUGUUCGUUACCUCGCUGAGCAUUCUCUGCAGAUAGAUGCCUGGGACGGGGAUUCCUUGCUUCUUGUUGGUUCGGCUGCCGUGAAGCUAAAGCACUUGCUCCGCCAGGGCCGGACAGCAGUGCAAGUCCAUCAUGACCUGGAAGUCAUCACUAUGGAAUACAAGCAGGAUGCUCCAGUGAUGAGUGGGGAGGUUCUUAGGCCUGGAGGAGUGAAGCCUAUUGGAGUCCAUGCUGUCGUGAGAGGCCGGCUCCAUUUGAGCAUGGCUAAUGUAGGUCACCUGUGUGAGCAGAGGCUGAGGAAAUCACGUUUCUUGCCUCCUUCCCGUUCCCAGAUUGUGUCCUCACAUGAUGGAAUCGGUGGCUUCCGCGGGGGCAGCUUGCUGUCUAUCAAUGCUCAAAGCACUGCAAAUGUGUGCCAGGCACAGAAGCUGGCUGACGUGGACAGUGAACUGGCGGCCAUGCUCUUCUCCCGCUUGCGUGAAGUCAGCACGGCCUUCCAGCACACCAACCGUGAGGCCAGCAUCACCCGGAGGAGGAAGCUGGAGAGGAUGCUCUCCGUCCGGAAGCGAGAAUCUCAAGAAGGAGAUUGCAGGAAGAAAGCCAGCUUCCUCAUGGGACGACAUGAAGACCGCAUUCGGCAUUCGCGGGACCUCCAGAUCAUCGAGGCCUACAGGGAGCGCAUCAAAGCAGAAAGCAUCGCCAGCAUGCUGAGCCAGGCUAUCACAACCCAUCACACCCUCUAUGCCAUGUUUGGCACCACAGAGUUUUUUGAGUUUGCCCUGAAAAACCCAUACUGUGUCCAGCACACAGUCACCAUUGAAAUCGACAACCCAGAACUCAGUGUCAUUGUGGAUUCUAGAGAAUGGAAACAUUUUAAGGAACUAACCAAAACCAUCACCCCGCUGGAGGAGGACAUGUUUCAUCUCGCCGAGAACCUCACUCCGCAGGUCUACCUGCGUCCUAAGGAAACAGUGCACAUCCCCUUUAAAUACCAAGCCUUCACCCUGGAGCACAGCGCCAUGACGCCGCAAGGUCCCACUGAGCUGACAUUCAGCGAAGGCAAGAAGGAAGCUGCAGCCCCCUGGAAGUCCAGCAGCAUGCAGACAAAACACAUCAAGGUCUCCUUCACAGCAAAUGGCAGUAGCAAGCCCAUUGCCAUCCUCAGCGUAAAUGUGGAAUUCCAGCCUCAUGUGGUGGAUCAGACCUUCCGCUUCUACCACCCAGAGCUCACGUUCCUGAAAAAGUCCAUCCGCCUGCCUCCCUGGCACACAUUUCCAGGAGCUCCAGCCGGUGUACCAGGUGGAGAGCCAGAGAUGUUCGUGCGCUGCAGUGAUCCCAAUGUCAUCUGUGAAACCAAGAAAAUGGGGCAUGGGGAACCACAGGACAUUUUUCUCAAAGUCGCUGGAGGACCAAGUCCACAAAUCAAGAGAUUCUUUGUGGCAAUCUACACGGAUCCCUGGCUGGCCUUCCCAGCUCAGAUCUGGCAGUUCUACCUCCACUCGCUGCAGCGGGUUGAUGUUGGCUGUGUAACGGGGCAGCUGACUCGCCUCUCGCUGGUGCUCAGAGGGACUCAAGCCAUUCGAAAGGUGAAAGCAUAUGCCUCACAGCCACAGGAGUUGAAGGUGGACCCAGAAGGCAUCUUCAUUCUUCCUGCAAAUGGGGUUCAAGAUUUGCACAUUGGCAUCAGGCCUCAGAAAUCCGGCAGCCAGUUUAUCUACCUCAACCUAGUGGAUGUUGAGUACCACCAACUCGUCUCAUCCUGGCUGGUGUGCGUGUCUUGCCGACAGCCUCUCAUCUCCAAGGCUUUUGAAAUCGUUCUCCCCCCCGGUGGAGGCAAAGGUUCAAACAAGAGGAUCACAUAUGCCAACCCUUACCCAACCCGGAGGAUGUACUUUCUGCACACCAGCCGGCCAGACCUGUUGCAGUUCAAAGAAGAUUCCUUUGAGAUUGGCGGAGGAGAGACCUACACCAUUGGCCUGAGGUUUGCCCCAAGCCAGAGCGCUGGUGAGGAGGAAAUUCUGAUUUAUAUCAAUGACCGCGAAGACAAGAACGAAGAGACCUUCUGUGUGAAGGUCACCUAUCAGUAGAAGUGUGGGUGUGCAUGCAGCCUAGGCUCGGUUGCUCUUUUGCUCUCUGGUGAUCCAUCAAACUUCCCUAGAGGCACAGCACUGUCCUUUUUACUGUUCCUGGAUGCCAACAGGCCGCAUGCCCCUGAAGUGUCCCCUGUUCUCAAGUCGGCAGAGAACAAACAAGAGAAGACUUCCUCCUCCCCCUAGCCACCAGAGGGACACGUGGCCGCCUCCUUGUGUGUGUGUUUUGCCCGCAUCCAAUCAAGCCCCUGCCAAGCCCCUCUGAUUGAUUGCCCAAACAGAUCCCUCGAACGUCAGCACGACCUCCAACGGUGCAGCCGAGUCUUAUCCUUUCUUUCCCUAGCUUUGGAUCGAAAAUUCAUUUCUCUCACUAUGAAAUGUCACUCGUUCGGGGAAGGUUGCCAUGAGCUUUCAGGCCUUUAACACAAUUCAAGCUGGUUUGCAGAUUUUGCAGGUUUUGUAGCAUUAUUCUUCUUCCCCUACAAAGGUUUCUUCUUCUUUUUUAAAAUUAAAAUAAAAGAAGAGCAGGCUGGCGGGUUCCAAUUUUUUGUUGCCAAACACAAGAUACCGUUUAGAAUGAGGAGGGGAGGAGAGUGGCAUUCAACGUGAGAGGAUGGCGGGGGCACGAUUUCAUUGAUAGGCAGGCUGGCUGUCUGGGGCUAAUGUAGUUGUGUGGGAACUCUAGGUGCGUUAUUGCUACUUGUAGAAAAUAACGCAUUCCUGAUAUACCCCAAACAUUUGAUACUAGGGCUACAGUUCCUUUCCAGAAUACGACUGAAGGCACAUUUUUGCUUUAUUUAAAACGAUAUGUACAUUGUUCUAAUCUGCUGCUAGAAACAGGCUGAUUCUGCACGCGUUGGAUAACGCACUUCCGAUCCUCUUUAGAGAUCAUUUGGAACUGAAUUUUUCAAGUGCGAAACAAAAAAUCCACUUCCAAACAAUAGCUAAAGUGGUUGUUGUGGGUUUUCCGGGCUGUAUUGCCGUGGUCUUGGCAAUAGCUAAAGUGCAUUGAAAGUGCAUUAUCCAAUGUGUGUGGAACCUCCCCUUGCAACAGCAGCUUAGUCCGGUUGUUUCCCUUUAUUAUUUCACUCCGCCAACCAAAGGUUUUAAGCAAAAGCCAUACAGUUACAAACAUAAAAUACAAGCAAUAAAGAUAUAAAGUUGUUUUGUUGGUUCUAAUUCUACCCUACUUAUCAGAUAGCAGUCUCUCAGAGUGGCUAAUGUUAAGGAAGAGACUUAGAUGCUGCCUUGAGCUUGUCCGGAAUUUUAAAUGUGAUUAUUAUUAACUUGAUAGGAAAGGAAAUCUGAGUUGGAUCAGGUUGCAGU